CGGAAGUCACAACAACAGAGCACAUUCUCAAAGGUAUUCUCAACAAUCAGCACACUACCUACGGUAUAGAUCUUUGGUGGUUGGUCUCAGGCUUUAUUGAUGAAUAGUGGAGUGCUUAGACUAUUAGCCAUUGUGGUGGGUUGAAUCGUGCAACAAACCGGGUCAGUCUGAGUCAAAGAAAUCAUGUCCAAUACCUAAUGAGCACAAGACAUUGGUGACUACGUCCAUUAUGAGACAUUAGCAGAUGUGACCUUUCAACUCUGAUUUCGAGGAAAACGAGUUGGGUGAGAUCUCUUCCUCUGAAGCAUCACUCGAUCCGAGAGGCUCAAGAUGGAAGCAAGAUGGAUUUGGUUGUGGGUGACGCUGUGCUCAUUCUGGAUUGUGGUUCACGGUGAUUCGGGUGGAGACUUCUUCAAGACCAGUGAAUACAUCCAUCCUGGAAGACCGGGCCCAUGGGUCCAGUCCUCCCGAGGACAAGUGUGGCCUCAGCCGAAAUUGAGCCGCCCGAAUGGAAAAAGAUAUUCCUUGGUCCAUCCAGAAAAAUUCACCUUCCAGUUGGAUGCGAACUCGGCUGCGUGUGACCUGAUUCAGAAUGCAGUGAAUCGAUUCUAUGUGCGCACUUUUCCGCGUCGGACUGCGAAAACCGCCCAAAGCUUCAAUACGAAUCACCCUUGGUUCCAAGCCUUGCACCAAGACCCCAAUUUCCAAGGGGUCCUCGAUUCCGUCCAGAUUGUGAUGAACACAAAGAAAGGCUGCGAGAAAUAUCCCCAUUUGGAUAUGGAUGAGCAUUAUGAGGUGAAAAUCGAUGCUCCAGACUCCCCCAAAACGGCUUCGAUCAUCGCGUUCAAUGCUUGGGGAAUCCUGCGUGGAUUUGAAACUUUCAGUCAGUUAGUGUAUGGUGCGGAGGAACAUGGAGGAUUGUACCAAGUGAACAGUGUGCAGAUUAUGGAUCAGCCUCGGUUUUCUCAUCGGGGUGUCAUGUUGGACAGCUCCCGCCAUUUCCUGUCCAAACGGGUCAUUUACGACAACCUCGACCUGAUGGAGAUGAAUAAAAUGAACGUGUUCCACUGGCACAUCUCAGAUGAUCCCGCCUUCCCUUAUGAGAGUCUCCGAUUCCCCAAUAUGAGCCUCAAAGGAGCUUACCGUCCCUACACGCACGUUUACAGCCAAGAAGACAUCCGGGAGAUCAUUGAAUACGCACGGAUCCGAGGAAUCCGAGUGAUGCCCGAGUUCGACACACCGGGGCAUACACAAUCAUGGGAGCUCGGUCAACCCGGGCUCUUGGCCAAAUGCUAUCGGGGAUCCCAACCAGAUGGCACGUUGGGCCCAUUUGACCCCACCAAAGACAGCUUGUACGAUUUCUUGGAGGUCUUCUUCAAGGAAAUUGGCACCGUCUUUCCGGACAAUUUCAUGCAUUUGGGCGGAGAUGAGGUGGACAAAAUGUGUUGGCAAAGCAAUCCUCAUAUCAUGGAAUUUGUCAAGAAGAAUUUGGGUGGGAAUUUGGGGAAGCUCGAGUCGUACUACAUCGAGAAAUUGUUGCCAAUAAUCGCAGAUUUGCCCACCAAGAACGGUUAUAUCGUGUGGCAAGAGGUGUUCGAUAACAAGGACAAGGUGAAAAAUGACACCAUUAUCCAAGUGUGGAAAGGGGGUCCCAAUGAUUGGGCCAAUAAACUACAACAGAUCACAUCAACAGGUCUGCGAGCAUUGCUGUCAGCCCCUUGGUACCUGAACUACAUCAACUACGGUUCAGAUUGGACCAACUACUACAUAAUAGAACCCUUGAAUUUCGAAGGGACUCAAGCCCAAAAGAAGCUCUUCGUGGGCGGCGAGGCCUGCAUCUGGGGUGAAUUUGUGAGCUCCGUGAAUCUGAUCCCUCGUCUAUGGCCACGUGCCAGUGCUGUGGCCGAGCGGUUGUGGUCUCCUGAGCACGUGAAAGACGUCAACGACGCAGCUUCGAGGUUGCAAGAACACGAAUGUCGAAUGCUCCAGCGUGGUUAUCCCGUGGAACCCGCUAAUGGACCGAGUUUCUGCGACGUAGCGUGGUGAUGAUAGCAAUAAUAUCAUUUCAUGGGUAGUGCGAGUGUAUUAACCGAUGUUUUAAUUGUUUGAGAUGAAGAAGCAGAUACGUUCCAUACUAUGUCAGAUUGUCGCCUUUGUGCGACCACUAAAAUGAGGUUGCGUGGCCUAGUCCCUCGUGUUGCGUGACUUUUCAAUGCUUGCACGAGCAGAACUGCAAUUUUCUGUGGAGCGCUGUCAAGCUAAAUAAAAAAAUCAAACUCGAAACAUGGAUCGUUGUGAGGACGAAUCUAAAUUUCAGAUAACAUUUUGUCCAAAUAGAAUCAUUAUUGAACGAA